AUGGACCUCUCCAGGUUGAUGGUGCAUGUCCAAAAGGUUGAGUACAGCCGAAAAAAGAAGGGCAUCCGUGAUUCUAGGAGUCCUAAGGCUCAUGAUAAGAGGAGUACAACACCUAGGGGAGGCAGACCCAAGCCAAAGAAGGGAAAUGGAGGUGAUAUGCAGCAUCCCAGAAAGAAUUUUGCUAAGUGUGGUCGUGCUCACAAUGGAGAAUGCAGAAAGGGCACUAAUGCCUGCUUCAAUUGCGGUAAGAGCGGGAACAUGGUCAAGGACUGCCCACAGAACAGGGGUCAGGCUGGAGGUAAUGCUCACCCUAGGCCUAGUCCACAGGGUGCAGCUGCAGCCGAGACUCCUAAGAGGAAAAGGUUCUACGCCUUGAAGGGCAGGGAAUAG